AUGUGGUGUCGAGGUUUCAUGCAGCAGACGGUCAGAUCCAUAUCGACCAGCAGACAGGCGGGCAUCCUCUUCGACGUGGACGGAGUACUGCUUCGCGGCGGCUCGUUGAUUCCGGCUGCUCGACGAGCCUUCUGGAAGCUUCUGGACCGAAACAACAACUUCCUGUUUCCUGUGGUCUUCGUCACCAAUGCAGGAAGCUGUCAGAGACAUCACAAGGCCCAGCAGCUGUCUCACCUGCUGGAGGUCCAGAUCGCCCCGGAGCAGGUGGUUCUUUCCCACAGUCCUUUGCAAAUGCUGAAGAGUUUUCAUGAUAAAUGCGUCCUGGUGUCCGGACAGGGACCAGUGAUGGACAUCGCCAACAUUUUGGGUUUUCAGAAGGUUGUGAGCGUCGAGCAGCUCAGAGAACAUCACCCCCUGCUGGACAUGGUGGACCACAACAGGAGACCCAAACUACCUUCGUCUCCUCUGCAGACUCUUCCGAAAAUAGAAGCGAUUAUUCUGUUCGGAGAGCCAAUCCGAUGGGAGACCAACCUGCAGCUGAUGAUUGACGUGCUCCUGACCAAUGGGAGUCCAGGUUGCGUGUACGAUCCUCAGGUGCCGACCCAGCUGCCGGUUCUUGCCUGUAACAUUGACCUGAUGUGGAUGGCUGAGGCCCCGUCACCACGGUUCGGUCACGGGAUGUUCCUGCUUUGUCUGGAGUCUGUCUACAGGAAAAUGACGGGUCGAGAGCUUCAGUACCAGGGCCUGCUUGGAAAACCCAGUCUGCUGACAUACCAGUACGCCGAGCACUUGCUGAGACUGCAGAACCACAACCAAAAGCUCACCACCAUCUACGCCAUCGGCGACAACCUGAUGACCGAUAUCUACGGUGCUAAUCUGUACAAUCGCUACCUGGGUGAGCAGCAUGCUGCUAUGACGACCACGACCAAGCUUGUUGCCCAGGGAACAGGGAGUCAAGUGACGAUUGCGGUGCCGGAGGAGGAGCUGGUGUCUGCUGCUGCUCAGUGUCGCUCCAUACUGGUGUGCACAGGUGUCUAUAACCCUCGCUCCCCGCUUCCUUGUGACCGCAGCAACGGGGUCACGGAAACUGUGUUCCACGCUCACAGAGACCUGGCGCUGGAGCUCGAGCUGGUGGAGCCAAAUCACGUGGUGGAGGACGUGGAGGCCGCAGUCGACCUGCUGCUGCAGCAAGAGAGUUCUGUUACGUCUGACACCUGACCUCUGACCUCUAUAUGGGCCCCUACCUGCAACCUCCCGUUCUGCUGAGUGAAGGCACUGCCGAAGUGUCUUAAAACUUGCAUUCUCUCUA